AUGGUGGAAACGUACGCGAUGAAGAGCGGGAGCAAGAUCGCUUCAGAUAUGCACCACUCACGAUCAUCGUCAGAUCAGCAUGGCGAGAAAUCAGUCGACCGAGACGAACAGGAGAUGGCUAGGCUGGGAAAGCGCCAGGAGUUAAGGCGUAACUUCGGCUUCAUGAGCAUGCUCGGCUUUUCUUGCACCCUGAUGAUCACCUGGGAAGGUCUAUUGACCGUCUUCGUGUACGGCUUGACGGACGGAGGACCAGCUGGGCUUGUGUAUGGGUACUUGUUCUGCUGGCUCGGCUACUUCACGGUCGUCGCUUCCCUUGCUGAGAUGGUGUCAAUGGCACCUACAGCCGGAGGUCAAUACCACUGGACAUUCUUGUUCGCGCCAAAGUCUUGCCGCAAUUUCCUCUCCUUUAUCACCGGCUGGCAGUCCGUUCUCUCAUGGCAGGCUUGUUUGGCUUCAGCAGCUUAUCUCGGAGGUACCAUUAUUCAGGGACUGCUGGUCCUCAACUAUCCCAGCUACGACUUCAAGAGGUGGCAUGGGACUCUUCUCCUUUAUGCAGUCAUCACCCUGGCGAUGCUCUUCAACACAUACCUGGCUAAGCAGCUCCCGAAGGUCGAAGGCGCGGUGCUUAUUGUCCACAUUGUCGGUUUUUUCGGCGUCUUGAUCACCCUGGUAUACCUGGCGCCACACGGCAGUUCAUAUGAUGUCUUUGUGAAAUACCUUGCCAACGGUGGAUACGACGAGGGCACGUCCUUUUUCGUGGGGCUGAUCACGACUGUCUUCGCCUUUAUCGGAGCCGACGGCGCCAUACACAUGAGCGAGGAGAUCAAAAACGCCUCAACCGUGGUGCCUCAAGCGCUGGUCGCCUCAAUCGGUCUCAACGGUAUCAUGGGUUUCUCAAUGCUGAUAGCGAUUCUCUUCUGUAUCGGCAACAUCGACAAUGCGCUCAGCACUCCCACGGGAUUCCCCUUCAUCGAGAUUUUCAAGCAGGCUGUCCAAACGAACGGCGGAGCCACGGCCAUGACUGCUGUGGUUCUGUCAUUGAUGAUCUUCGCUACGAUUGCCGUGUUGGCGGCAACGUCAAGAAUGACAUGGGCCUUCGCCCGUGACAACGGACUGCCGGGCUCUCGAUUCAUCUCCCAGGUCGAGCCGCGAACCAAGCUUCCUUUGUACUCGGUAGCUCUUUCGGUCCUGAUCACCAUGUUGCUAGGGCUCAUCAACAUUGGAUCAUCCGCAGCUUUCAACGCUGUUGCCUCCCUGGUGAUCAGCGGCUACCUAGGCUCGUACACGCUACCGAUGGUUCUAUUGCUGCACAAGAAGAUCUUUAAUCCCAGUUCGAUUCAUUACGGACCCUGGACGCUGGGGCGCGGACUGGGCAUCUUUUGCAAUACCUUUGGCCUUCUGUGGAUCGCCGUCGUCAUGGUCUUCAGCUUCUUCCCAUCCGUUCGGAUCGGGUUGACCGUUGCGACUAUGAAUUGGUCGUGCUUGCUGUGGGGAGGAACGAUGAUUCUCGGCAUAGCGAGCUAUUUUGGAUACCUUCGGGGCAGAUACAACGGCCCUAUCGUUGAAACCGAUAUUAUUGAGCAGGUGCACGGCGUGUGA